CUUCUCCGUACCUUGACUACACUACAUCUCAUGGCUCUUGAUCCCCAUCGUGUUGCCUCCGAUUGGCUUGCAGCCUGUUCAUCUGCGUUGAACCGUGCGGAGGUUGAUGCUGUCGUGCAGCUUUUCCUUCCGGACGGCUGGCUCCGGGAUCUCCUCGUGUUUACCUGGGACGUUCGCUCUCUGGCAGGCCGCGAGAAGAUCGCGGCAUAUCUAGCCAACACGCUGUCCCCGGCGAAGAUCACAGAAGUCAAGCUGAACGAGAUCCCGGGUCUAGCUCCUGGAGCCAUCGUCAUCCCACAGCUUAGCGGUGCGCAGGCUGUAGAGCUUGCGUUCACCUUUGAAUGUCGUCAGGGGCAUGGUCGUGCGCAUGCUCGCCUACUCAAGGACGCCAAUGGAAAGUACAGGGCCUUUUCGCUUCUGACCGAGCUGUCGGACUUGCGUGGCCACGAGGAGCUCAGCACGCUGGCGCUCCGGGACGAUGUCACUGGUAUUCCUGGCAGGAAUAUGCAGCAGGAGUGGCGAAACUGGGUGGAGGAGGUGGAGACUAAGCCCUAUGCGCUAAUCAUUGGUGCUGGACAAACGGGCCUUCACAUGGCCGCACGCUUCAAGCAGAUGAACAUCCCAGCUCUAGUGAUAGAACGCAAUGUUCGUGUGGGCGACAUCUGGAGGAAGCGAUAUCCGACAUUGACCCUCCAUACAGUGAAGAGACACCAUACCCUGCUGUACCAGCCAUUCCCCACCAAUUGGCCCGAGUACACGCCAAGAGAUAGAAUCGCGGAUUGGCUCGAACUAUAUGUCAUAAUGCAAGACCUGGUCGUAUGGACGAGCGCAGAGAUCAAGGGCCACCCCAAGUACAGCAUCGAGACCAAGGACUGGGAUGUAACAAUCUUCCGCGAAGGCUUCGAAGUGAAGCUGCGCCCCGCUCACAUCGUCCUCGCUACCGGGACGCUAGGUGAACGCAACAUACCGAACGUGCCGGACAUCGACCGUUUCCACGGCCAGGUCGUGCACUCACAGGACUACCAGGGAGGCGCGGAGCACGCAGGCAAGCAUGCCGUGAUCGUUGGGGCGGGAAAUAGCUCCAUCGACGUCUGCCAGGACCUCGUUUUCCAAGGCGCCGCGUCCGUGACGAUGAUCCAACGCUCGUCGACGUGCGUCAUGUCGCGGGAGUACAUCGCGCGCCGACAGCGCGCCACCUUCCUUGAGGACCUCCCCCUCGAGAUAUCGGACUUCAAAUGGGCGUCGCUUCCGUUCGGGCUGCUGAAGAAAUUGAACAUCGCAACCCAGCAAGCGGCAUGGGAGGAGGAUAAGGAGUUGCAUGAUAAGCUGCGGAAGGGUGGUGUCAAAUUGAACAUGGGCCCAGAGGGGGAAGGGCUCUAUCUGUUAGUGAUGGAGCGAGGAGGGGGCUACUGGCUAGACAAGGGUGGUGCAGAUCUCAUUGAGGACGGGAGGAUCAAGGUCAAGAACGGCGUUACGGUCGAGAAGUUCACCGAGAACGGCGUCGUAUUCAGCGACGGGUCCCAGCUUCCCGCUGACGUCGUAAUCUUCGCAACCGGCUACACCAACAUGCGCGAGAACAACAAGGAGUUAUUUGGAGAAGACGUUAUCGGUAUUACAGAUGAAGUGUAUGGGCUUGAUGAGGAAGGCGAACUUAGGGGUAGCUAUCGCCCCUCGGGGUAUCCCGGGCUCUGGUUCGCUAGUGGCGAUUUCUACAUAUCUCGCGUCAUGUCGAAGACCUUAGCACUCCAGCUCAAAGCGAUUCAGCUCGGCCUUCUCAAGCACAAUGGCCGCAGAGACGGACAGCAGUGGAGCGGCCCAUGAACGUACCCAUUGUUAGAUACAGUGCUGUAUUGUACUCCGGUGUAUACCCAUGCAGGUAAUGAAGCAAAUUAUCCCUGUGACUGCGAUGCAAUAGCGAUGUACAGUAGACGACAACUACAGAACUGGCUGGAGAGCAUUGUAAAGCGAAUAGCUAGUGUCCGAGACAUGGCCAUAGUAGGCCGCUUGCGGCUGCGCCUGAACCACCUCCUCAUCACUUGUCUCAUCGGGCCCCAGCAAAAUCCGCGCAUCUUCCGCCUCGGGCUCAGCUGGGUCAACCACGAGCUCGCGGAGAAUAUCCGUCAGAUCAGGGCGCACGGCUUCCAUCUCCCGUAUCCACUUCUGACUGACCAUCCAUCUCGCGACGCCCUUCGGCGGGAGGAAGAACCCGUCCUUGGGCGGCCCCUCGCGGCGCACGCGUCGCCCCACCCCGCGCUUCGGCCUGAAGCUCUUGUCAAUCCUGUCCUGGUUGUCGAGGAUCGCGUAGAAGCGGAGCAGGCGCGAGCUGCGCCAUGAGAGUCCGCGCGUGCGGAAGACCUGCAUCGUCUCUGUGCUGCCGCCCAUGGGCGCGGGCUCCUCGCCGUCUGAUUCCUCGGAGGACAUGCAACCCUGUUGCAGCGCGCUGUCGAAGGCUGGCUGGGAGAAAGCGCCGACAUUGUUGCGUGCCUCUGUACGGUUGGCAAGCUUGGUCUUCUUCCUGUGCAACCGACGCGCCUUGAGUGCCUUGUGGUCCUCGCGUCUCUGAAGCUUAGAUGCGGCUGUGGCGUCGCCUUGAGACUUGUACUUCUGCCGAAGCGUGGUGAAGACCUGCUCGAAGGCCGCUUCGAGAGUCUUCUUUUGGAAGUCGUUGUCUGGAACGUGCUUGUACUUGUGCCGAUUGGCCUUGAUGUCGCUCACGAUGCGCUUCUUCAUAGUCGCGUUGACGGCAGAUUGCUUCGUUGUUCGCGUCCACACGAAGCGCACAGGUUCAGUCACUGCCGGGAUGACGCCCUCGAAUGCGCUGGCCGGGAGGUCUUCGCCGUGCUUCAGUUUCAUCAUCUUCCGUAUGUGGAUACGUAGAGCAUGAUGGAUAGUAAGACAGCGGUCGUCAUGUCCGUUCUUUCGGCGCAAAGGUCGAUCAGUCGGAGGCGCGUCCGAAUCUUCCGAAUCACUGGAGUAAUCCGUGUCGUCCUCCAGGACGCGGCGAGGCCGCUUGCGCGUAUCCCGUCCUAGUUCCGGUGUAGCGGUGCGGGAGUUUGUUGGGCUACCGUCCGACUGAGGGGUCAGCGGGCCCUGGAAUGCAUAGAUAGAAGGCGUAGGGGCCGAGACAGAGGGCGAGGGGGACUCUUGGAUAACAUAGAGGGCGUCCGUGCCAUGGGCGGAUAAAGGACGAGAAGAUGCGCCCUGCACGAACAUAGGCAUAGGUUGCGCCACUGAGAUGUGCUGGGACGCGAGAGACGCAUGAGGCAUGGGUGAAUGCGAGAAAGGCUCAGGUGCCGGAGAAACCGGCUCAAUGCGCGCUGUCGUCGGUAUGGUUCCAAAUGACCUCUCCUGUACUUCGGCUGGAGGAGCCAGGCUAGGGUGCAUGCUGAUGUACGCCUUGAGCAUAGAUAGUUCCUGCUGGACGGUCUCGAGACGCUGCUCCAUCUGCGCCUGCACCUGGGCAGCCCUCGCCUCUUGUUCGCGCUCCCAUGCAAUGCGGCGCCGGCUUUCCGCGGUAGCCGCAUUCUUGGCACUGGCUAUUACGCGAUACAACUCGUGAACUACGGGAGGAGCAUGACGAGGUGGGGGCGGCGGUGGUUGAAUGACGGGAGCAGCUUGUGUAGGAGGAGGUGGCUCUUGCGGUACCAUAGCAAGCUCAAGCUCGCUACGAUGCGGAGCAGUUGGCUGAGGCACCUGAGCAUGGC